AUGGCAAAUCUUGAGCAACUAUCAGCUGAUAUGCCACCAGAGGAGCGGAUCGAGCCGUCUCCGUCCGACGGCCGGGCACCGGCCUCCGUCGAACCCUCUCUCUCCAGGAAUCUCUCGUCCAGCCGCUUGAACGCCCAGGCACCAGAAUUCGUGCCGCGUUCGCCGGUUGCGAGCCAUGCCCCUGCCCUGGGGGAAGCACGGAUGGUGCAGAUCCACCACGCGCCACCGCCACCCCCGGUUAUGCACAUCUUCCACCCUCCCCCGCCACCCUCCCCGGCGUUCCAUCAUGUGCCGGUCGUGCGGACCCACGCCCAGCUCGAAUAUUACGGCGGAGGUGGGGGCGGUUACAGGGAGAACGAGGCGGUUCGGGCCCCGGUUGAUCCGGAUCCUGCACCUGUUCCUGCGUCGGCGGCGAGGGAUGGACUUUCAGACGAUGUCAUUCAGAGGGUCACCAAGCAGGUUAGUAGAUUGUGGCUUUUAUCUUUUUUAUUAAGACCACGUGUCGUGCACUUACGGAAACUAUAGAUUGGGGUGGAAACGUUUCUAUUUCGUUUAUUUUAAUUUUAUUUUAUGGGGAAUCGAAUUACCUAAGCGAGCGAGUGUGUCGACAUCUGGAUUAACUUUGAUCUUCUGUAUUCCUUAUUUCAAGAUUAGGAAGGGUAAUUAUGGCACUAAAGUGAUCAGAAACGUUCAGGACGUUAUAUGACUCUUAAAAUUUCAAGUGUCUUGUCAAAACUCUGGCCUGCUACGAUCUUGAUCCGAUAUGAAGCAAAUGGUAACUGUGGACGUAGAAGAGUUCUGGAUUUCUAAACCUGGUUCCUGGGUAAAGCAGGGAAUCAGAAAGGAAACGUGGCACAUCUCGGGUUUCUUGGAAUGAGCUUUAUCGGUCCAAAGUGGACCUAUUUACCUAUUUUUAAGGGGCAAAAAAGGUGCGGUUCGACUGUACUCUCAUGUGGCUUCUGUAUGGGGGAUGAUCUGGUCACGUAAUUACUUAAGACAGGGAUUUUUGGCUGCAACAUUUCUUUUCAUCUGAUAUUUUCACGAUGUAGAAAAAAUAAAGUUUCAUCAACAAUGGUGUCGUCUACAAUGGCAAGCUGAAAAAUUCUCAACUUCUGGAGUAUAAUUCUAGUCUAGUAGAUGGAGAAAAAAACAUCCUAACAGUUAGUUUAUUAUGGUAAUCAACUCAAUCGCAGAGAAUAAUCUCAGCCAUGGUGGCAGGAACUUCGAGAGUUACUUAUCGUGCUUUAGGUUCUUUGGUUAAGCUUAUAAGGUGAACAAAAUGUAAGAAAACGGAAUCACAUGGGAAGAAGAAAGCAAGGAAGUUCAUGAGAUACUGGGGAAAAGAGAUCUAAGGACUUAUGGAUCAAAGAGGAAGAGAAAAAUUAUAUCUUGGUUUCAUUUAUUAAUAACUGUUAUGAAGAGGAGAUAUUAGACGAAUGGGAUAAAAAAUCAAAUGAUUUUGCAGAGUACAAAGAAAGGUUAGAGAUAUAAUUUUUUGGUUUUUAAAACCUUCCUAAAGAGGAAGAAAUAUGGGGACUUUAAAUGAAAGUACCUCACCAGAUAUCUAAGAGGGCGAUGGAUCUUUUUUUUUGUAUAGAUCUUGGGGAUAGAAUUCAGUGGAAUUAUAGAACUUGAAGUUUAUACUUGAGGGGAUUUGAACAACAACACAUUAGUUGGGUGAGGAGUUGCAUCUCAACACGUAUAUUUUAUGUUCAUGGUAAUGGUGAACUUUGUGAUCUUUCCAAGAGUUUUAUGGGACAACAUUAAGGGAUUUUUUCUCUCCUCUUCUCUUCUUAUUAGGAAAAUUGAUUAUUAUCGCAAUGCAAUAAAAGAGAGCUUUUGGAGAAGUCAUUGAAGGAGUCAAAACUGGCUGGAGGAAUUCCUCUUUUACUCAGUUUCAAUUUGUGGUGGCGCUGUCUUAGUUACAAAGAACGAUGGCCAUAAAAUUUUGUUAGAUAAGUGUUUUCCAAUCUUACUCGAAAUGCUUCAAAUUUGUACCACAACCAAAUCAGAACUCAUAUAAAGAAAAAGUGAUUUUGUUUUAUUGUAUGAAUAUGGAGACUUUAUAUCAAAUCUUUGUUGGUGGCCAGUGAACAAAUAAUAUUUCAUGCUGUCAACUUUUAUGCCGGUGAGAGCAAAGAAGUUGAAGGGGUUAUUAAGACGAGGAUCACACUUGUCUCCUGCCUGAUGAUAUUGAGUGGUGGAUACGCUUCUAAUUGUAGUGUUUUGGUCGAGAAAACGAACUUUGGAUUAUUUCAACACGAAUUCAGUUACAAAAGAACAUUUUUUGAACAUAUAUUAAUCUAUAAUGUAUGUGAAACGAUAUAUAUGAGGCAUAGUGGCCAGUGAAUGGAUGAAUGUUUUGGGUUUAUCCUCAUCUUGUUCGCAUUUAAGAUCUUUUAGAUGAGUCGAGUAGUUAGCAAGAAAUUAUUUGGCUGCUUUAAUAUCUUCUGCUUUACAUAUACAUUCCUUUUGUAUAUGCCAGUGAAUUUAUUUCUCUGGGAAAAAAUCGUAAAAUCAUUUACUCGCCGUGCUGAACAUAUCAAUAAUUCUCUGGCAAUUCCUAAAUAACCGUUGUGUGGCCAUACCAGGUGGAAUACUACUUCAGUGAUGCAAACUUGGCUACCACUGAGCACUUGAUGAGGUUCAUCAACAAAGAUCCAGAAGGAUUUGGUAAGUUCUAUCUUGUGUGACAUGGCCUACGGGAAUUCCAGUAUAUCUGUACCUGCUCUUUUGGCUUCCUGGUAGAUUGUAUCAGAAGUUUUCCGAAUGAUAUUGGUGGUUGAAUGGGAAAAUCAAGAGAUAAAGUUUAGAGAUCCUGAAACAAUUAUAUGCCUUUUGUGAGUCCAGAUAUUUAUUCAAUCUGUAAUGGUUCUUUUUACUUCUCUCAUUUGCUCAUUGAUAAAAACAUACUCGUCAGUCUUCUGCAUUUCGUAUGGUAGAUUCCAUUUAGUUAAUCCUUUAUUUUUUAGAAAUAAGAAUGAUCUUUGCUGACGCUUAUUUGCAAAUUCUGUGUAUGUUCAAUAGUUCCAAUAUCGGUCAUUGGUGCUUUUAAAAAGAUAAAGGCGCUUAUCAACAAUAAUGCACAACUUGCAACUGCACUUCGAACAUCCUCAAAGCUGGUGAGUUCUUUUUCACACGUUGGCUCCUACAUCUCUAUGUUGACCCUUGCCUUACAUAAAUUUCGUUUUGAAAAUGGAACAUUUUAUUCAAUCGUAUUUGUAUGCAACAUUGUGAAUACUUGUUUUAAGUUUUUGGCACAGUAGUGAUUCACACUGGAUCUAUGCCAAUUGAUUUUCUUUGUGUUUUGGAUUCUCAUUGUUCAAUUAUAGGUCGUUAGUGAUGAUGGAAAGAAGGUCAGACGCCAACAACAAAUUACUGAGGCUAAUUUAGAAGAGUUGCAGGUCAGUUCACUGAUCUAUGUUAUACAGGUUUACAGCAUCUCUUUGUUGUUUAUUUUCAUCUGACACCUAUAUCUUUUUCUCAUCAUGUAGUCUCGCAUUGUUGUUGCUGAAAAUUUACCUGAGGAUCAUUGCUAUCAAAACCUUUUGAAGCUAUUUUCUGUAGUUGGGAGGUACGAAAUUCACAUGAUAAUUGAUUGACCUUUUUUUAAUUCUUGGAAUUACAGAGAUCGAGUUUAUAAUAAUGUUUAUCGUGGCAGUGUGAAAACAAUCCGAACAUGCUAUCCUCAAGCUCCCAAUGGCAUGGCCUCGACCGCUUCUAGACCUGGAAAAAUGGAUACAUUUCUUGGUAACAAGGUUGUUCCUCUUCUUCUUUUUUCUGUCAAUCGCAUGUCUUUUAUGGUUUUGUGACGAAGUUGUGUUUCUUCAUGGGGAAUUUAGGAUAUCGUCCAUCUGAAGUCAACCCUCCAAUCUGUUUUAAAAUUUAUCUAGCUUUAUGUUGAUGGGUGGAGUUGUUAUCUAUGUGAUCAUUGGAAAAAUGUAUAGAGAGGGAAAAAUAUGUGAAAAUUUUCAUGUUAGUACCUCUCUAUGAGGCUCAUAUGAUCAGAAGGGAUAGGAUCCAUGCCUGCACUGAGAUUACCCUUUAACCCUUUGGGAACUUUUAUGAAUUUUCUUGCUCGAUUGUGGGCUCGAACCAAAUAAUUUUACUCUGAACUUUGAAACUGAAAAUUUCAUCUUAUCCUUUGUCUAAAUGGAUAAUACGCCUUUGCUUGAAGAUAAUGAGGCUUUGUACGAGUUACAAGUAGAGGAUCACACAACGAGAAUUUAAGAUAUGUUGUACUGGAAAAAAAAUUAAUGACCUUUGAUUGCUUCAAUCGAAUGGAUUAUUGCUCUGUUCGGACUGAGAGAAUAUUUCGUAUUAUGAUUACUUGGGUUUCUUAAAUAAUAAAAACCGUCAGUGAAAAAAUCUCUGAUUGCCGGUCUGGUGUCAGGUUCAUACAAAGUUUUCAGAUCACUUCACUACAAGUUCAUGAAUAUUUCCGUACAGGUCUCUUUUCCAGUAAUAUUUUGAAAUAAUUUAUUUGCUUCAUCAACAGUUGCAUGCAUUUGUGGAGUUCGAAACUGUUGAGGACGCUGAAAAAGCAGUAAGUUUUCGGAUUCAACAACACAUCGCUUAUACGCGCAAUGGAUUUGCCUCUUUACAUCUCGACUCUCUCUUCCCUUUUGGCGCGAAGCAGGUUGCUGAGCUAAACGAGGAGAAGAAUUGGAGAAGCGGGCUCAGGGUUCGUCUGCUGCCCACAUGCAUGGUACCACCAAUCUCACGCCUCUGCCGGUCAUCCGGAGUUCUAGUCUCCUGUUCAGUCAUCGAAACCUCGUUUCACGAUCGAAAGUGAGGAUUCCUAUAACUCCGCUCUACUGAACCAGAUGAAGCACGGGCAGAGUCGAGGGAGAAAGGGCGGACACGAAGCCGAAGGGGCCGGCGAUGAUGAGGACGCCUCCAUAUCCAACCAGCAACACGAGAAGCACUUCGAGGACCCUUCCCAAUCCACUGAACAAUUGCAGGAUCACGCGGUGAGCACCGGCGACCUCCCCCCACCUUCUGGACGCCGGAGGGUUGGUUCUUCGGCUAAUAUCGCCGCCGCCUGUGCUUUUUUAGCAGGUCGACGACGGCCACCACGACAGGGAAGGAGGAGCGAGGCGCGGCCGCGGGAGGGGACGCGGUUCCCGGGGCCGGGCCCGAGGCCAAUACUAUCCCAGCGGCGGCGCCGCCCAUCGCGCGGGGCAUGCCGCCGCCGCGGCCGGCGGCGCCGCUCCACCCCACCAUCUGGCCGCCGGCGAGCCGCCUACCGUUGCCAGGCAGCCGCCGGGUCCGCGUAUGCCGGACGGCACGAAGGGAUUCACCAUGGGCCGGGGAAGGCCCAUCGGGACCGCCGACGCCGCUGCCUCAUAG